AACAGGAACAAGGAUGACAUCAGAUGGAGUAUUAUUUGCAUAUGCGCUUCACUGUCUUUUGUGACUUUUUAACCAUGAAGCACGUAAAACCUAAAACCUAACGAGACUGACGCAAAAAAAAUGUUUCGGGUUUGACAAUAGGUGCCGCGUAAAGGUCUGCGUAAAAGUGGAGUGGCACGGACGAGUGAUAUCAGCUUAUAGUUCUCCUGUUAACGGGACUGACCUCAAGGAUCGGCUUACAGCUUUAGUCUGAAUUACUGUAUCCGGUGCUUUCAGUUUUUAUUAUAUCAUCUAAUUUCUCACCAAAGAAUGCGUCCAUGUGCGCGAUGGGGAAGGAGCGGAAAAAGGUUCCUGUCUACGUUUCUGUCACUGCUCACCCUGUGCGUCCUGCUGCUGAUCAGCUCAAAGUUCAGCCCCAUAAGUGAACGUCCACCUCCAGCAGCUAUACAGGACAUAAAGACGUUUCAUAAAUACAGUAUAAACUGCUCGGCUAUAUAUGAUAUGGACCCAGUGGAGGUGGGUAAAUCCUUAGUCAUGAGGAAACAACCUGUGGAGGACAAAGAUGCCAGUCUGAUUAACCUCACGUCAGACUGCACCUUUUUCAUGAAGGCCAGGGGUUAUGAUGAUGUGUGCAUCUCAGAGGAGGAAAGAGACUAUCCUCUGGCUUAUUCCCUAGUUGUGCAUAAAUCCGCCUGGAUGGUGGAGAGACUCAUCAAAUCACUGUACUCUCCAAGUAACAUCUACUGUAUUCACUAUGACAAAAAGUCUUCAGCUGAGUUUGUUUCAGCUAUGGAAGGUUUGUCCCGUUGUUUGCCCAAUGUUUUUAUCGCCUCCAAACUUGAGUCGGUCUAUUACGCAAGCAUCAGUCGACUGAACGCAGACCUUAACUGUAUGUCUGACCUCGUCAAGUCCCAAGUCAAGUGGAAAUACCUCAUCAACAUGUGCGGCCAAGAUUUCCCACUCAAGUCUAACGUCGAGCUGGUGUCUGAGCUGAAGAUGUUAAAAGGUGCCAGUAUGCUGGAGACAAGCAAACCCACUGAGUAUAAGAUGAUGAGGGUCCAGUAUCAUCAUGAGCUGAAAGACGCACAUUUUGAGUACCUGAAAAUACCCAUGAAGACAGACCAGAUGAAGGCCCCACCACCACAUGGGAUCGAAAUUUUCUCCGGCAGUGCGUACUUUGUGUUGUCUCGGGAGUUUGUGGACCACAUACAUUCAUCACCUGUGGUUAAAGAUUUCCUAGCCUGGUCUGAGGACACCUACUCCCCCGAUGAACACUUCUGGGCAACCCUUGCGCGCCUGCCGGGUGUUCCAGGGGAGAUUCCUCGAAACCAUCCAGACAUCACAGACUUAAUGAGCAGGACCAGGCUGGUGAAGUGGGAGUACCUGGAGGAAAACAUUUACCCACACUGCACUGGGCAACACCAACGCAGCGUGUGCAUUUUUGGCGUAGGAGAAUUGCGCUGGUUGCUCGACUACGGACACUGGUUUGCCAAUAAGUUCGACCCCAAAGUGGAUCCUAUCAUUAUUCAGUGCCUUGAGGAGACUCUGGAGAAAAAACAAAAGUUAUUCCGAUCUAUGGCAUCAACAACCUGUCAUUAGAUCGUGUUUAUAAGAGCACUUCAUCACAGACAUGAUGUUCUUCCAGACUUUCAAUGUGAUAUAGUUAAAGGAUGCCUUAAAGGUUUGUUAUUUAUCACUUUUUGUGCCUUACGAAAAUAUUUAUUUUCCCAAAUUACUGGCAUUUCUACUUCCAGUGAAAUAAUCCUGACAAAACUCAUCAAGCCCUUUACUGAAGAGUUAUGAGAAUGUAAAAGAUGUUAUGCCUUAGCCUGCAAAAACCUCUGAUGCACUGUAUGUGGGUAUAUGAGUACUUGAAUUAUUGAUGGAUGAAUAAAAUGCUAUUUUUGCAUUGAAUGUAA